AUGGUGACGACGAAGCGGGGACGAGGGCGGCUGAAAUUCACAGUGCCAUCGUCACCGAAAACUCUCACUAGUUUGAAGACGCCUGAACUCGAAUCAAGAAAUACCACCACCAAUUUGAAGAUGCCUGAGAUUGAAUCAAGAAUUACCGCUGGAGAAGAUACAGAUAUGACAAACACACUCGAGAAUGAAACCAAGAAAACCCUAACAGAAACGGUACAAACACAACCUGGGGAGCGUAAACUAUGGGUUGAUAUCAUCAAUGACAACCGAAACCCUGCAAAAGGAAUGGCAAUAGAAUACGUUGCGCCAAAGGUCAUCAAUGGAGUGAUUGAAAUCGAGAUUGAACAAGAAUAUAUCGCAAUUGUUGUACCCCAAAAUUUGCCUAACCUUUUUCUUACUUGGCUUUUGUUUCAUUGCAUUAGCAUAUCAUUGGUCUAA